AUCCACUCUGUGUCCCGCGUUCUCUUUUAGAACGCGGCCCAGGGUUGCUAGGGGAACGCCGAAAGAGGCCGGCUACUGAAAGCAGGAGAACGACGCUGCAACGCACAUGGCUUGUGCAUGAAGUAUUGCAGGGAGGGAAAGUCGCCAGCUGGAUUCCCGAGCUCAUCAUGAGUGACCUGGAGUCCCUGGCAGUGCCAAGGAACGAUCAUCCUAGGUACUCACUGCAGCUGGAAAACAGGAGGAGGAACGUUUUUGUAACCCAGUUAGGGGAACACAGGGAAGAAGAGGAUAAAGACGUUACUCAUAUCCCCAUCAUCAGCGAGGCCCCCAGCAAGAUUCUUGAGACUGAUGCAAACUCUUUGCAAAAAACCUUGGUUCUGAAGAAAGAGGUUGAAGUUGAUCGUGUCACGGCAGAGCUGAUUGCUAAGAGGCAGGAAUUUAAAGAGCGGAUGGAAGCUGUGGCUCAGCGGAGAGCACAAUUUGCCAAAAAGCAGCAGGAUAGCAGGAAUCAAACUCUUAAAUUUGACAAGUUUCUUAAAGAAAGUGAUGUGAAGAGGAGGCGUGCACUCCAGAAAUACCAAGCAGAAGUAAAAAUGAAUGAAAUAAAACAGAGGGAGAUAGAUAAAUUGGUAGCAGAACUUGAAAAACUCAAAGUCAGACAACAGAAGCUGCAGAAGAAGGUAGCCAAGCAAAAAGUGUACGAGGAUUUCCUACUGAAAGUCAUUGACCAGUUGCCUGACAACUAUCUGGAGUAUGGUGCAGAUUCUGUCAUUGGAGCUAUCAGACGGCAUGAGACGCUGUCAGCUACAAACCAGACCUUGAUAAAGAACUUGAUCACCCUGUCAGAUGACUUUGAGAAAAGCCAGCGUGACCUUGAAACCUUGCAACGGGAACAUGAUACCACAAAACUUAUGCUGAUUAGGGAACUUUCUGAGCUUCAGAUGAAAUGCAACAGAAUACAGGAGAAAAACAAGCAGCUGGAAGUCAGUAUUAACCACGAGAAAGGUCACUUCAGAUAUCAGAGUCAAGAGCUAGGCAGCUUGUUGUUAGCUAUCGCCAACCUGGCUGAGCAGUGCCACACGCAGCAUUAUGGCCCCUUGCAGGAAAUGGAAUGGUUGUCAAAACUGGACAUGAUCCAAGAAUUCAUUCUGGAAAAAAAGCAUAUCCAGCAAUUAGCGACUCAGCCUGAUGAAUCUGGGGCAUUGCUAUCUCGUCUUGGAGACCAAACUCAGAGCAGAAAAUUGGGAAUCACCAUGAAGUUCCGAAGCCAAGUUCCAGCAGGCAGUGGGGGUGUAAUACAAACUCCUAAAAACAAGGGGAAAGCAUCAGUGUGACACUGUUUUGUAUUAAUGUGUUGCAGUUUCCAAAGCAAUGGAAGAGAGGAAAUAUACAAGCUUCCUCAGACUUACUGACUUUUCUUACUGUGAAAUGCUUCUUUCUAGUGCCUUCAUUUUUAAUAUUUGUGGCUUCCAUACACUCACAAGUUUGGCAUCUGUUCACACAAUUACUGGACUGUAACUCAAAAGGCAAAAAGCCCACCAAUAAUGCAAAUGAAAAUUACAUUGGUUUUGCUAUAUGGGUAUAGGAUUAGUCCAUUACUAACUGUGGGUUUCAUCCAUGGCACCUCCAGUGAAAUUAGUAAGGAGUCAUUUAUGAUAUUCCAUUCUUUGACCAAAAAGUAAGACUAAAAUAGAUUCAAUAAAACAUAUUGGACCACAGUGUGAGAAUAGUUAAUUUGUUGUUUGUAAAACAUACACUAAGAUCCUUAUCUGAAAAUUGCUAUGUAAAUGCCAAGUAUCAUUAUGUUGCAAUGUGUGUUUUUCUGUGGACUUGUUUGAAAUUACAUCUGGGGACAAGUUCUCAGUUAUACUGAUUUACAGCAGCUGGCCCGAGACUUUUUCAAUGUCAUAACAAGGGUUUCAAUUCCCUGUUGCCAAGGGGAGAAAUUGAAACAGAAGGUACAAAGUGACUUAUCAGCUGGAAAAGCUGGAGGAACUCAAUGCCGAUAACAAGAAGUUCAGUACUAGGUUAAUGGCCUUUGACUCAGUUCAAGUAUAAUACGAGUUUAAUAGCUCAGACAUUCAGAUGCUUUCUCAUGGUCAAGUCUCCCAUGACACCUAAGGAGUUAGCCAACUAAUAAUGGCUUACAUGGAGGGGGACCAUUAAUAUUAAUUUAUUAUAUUAAUAUUGUGUUUUUUCCUCCCAUCCUUCAUCUGUUGCUUGUCUUCCUUGAUUGUGAGCAUUAUUACUUAUUGUAUUACCAUUUGUUUAUUGUUAUAUGUUACUGUGACAUUCUGUGAACAUUCCCUUACCUUAAUUGUGAGCUCAACUGUGAGAAGUAAAUUUAUAGGCCCAGUUAUUAUAACAUAGCCCGAGUCAUGGACCAGCACCUCAUUGUGCUAGGUGCUGUACAGACACAGAACAAAAAUUGCCCCACUGCACCCUCUUGGGAACUAAAGCAAGGGCUCAAUUUUAGAACCUCAUAGAUUAAUUAUCCUCAGCUCGGUCUCACUCCUUUCCCAAAACAGAAUCAUUGCUGUGUGGUGUUCUUCUAAGAAUCAAAAAAUUGCUGCUUAUUGUUGAGAUGGGAAAUUGGUCUUAUGGUGAAGCUGUGGGAACAGAACUCAGAAGAGCUGGGAUUUUUUUCCUGGUCCACCACAGCCUUCCUAUGGGACCCUGAGCAAGUCAAGUCACCUAUCCGUGCCUCAGUUUCCCCAUCUGUAAAAUGAGGAUAAUUCUUCCAUUAGGUGUAACUCAAUAAUAUUUGUAAAAAUGCUUUGAGAGUCUCAGGUGGAAGGUGAUAUGGUUACAUUAACUGAGGUUAUUUAUCACUGGUCAGUCCACAGGUUAGGAGCUUUGAAAAAAAGCUCUCAGAAAAGACCUCUACUGCAUGACUGCCCCAGAACACAGUAAGAGGGACAUGGGGAAGUCAAGCAAAUCUGUACAGUAAAAGUCUCUUAAAGGGAAAAAAACAAGUGGAAAGAGCUGGGGAAGGAAAACAUUUUUAUUGCCUAGUACAUUAGAGGAAUGCUUCAACAGCAGUUUAUCCAUGUGAAAAUCUGGCCCGCCAGUAAUUCUACCAAAGUCCAUGAGCUGUGGGGCAACAUAAAAAGGGGCAGUCAGGCAAGUUAAAGUUAUGUGAGGCUUAAUUUACCAGGGUAAUGUGCACUCAGCUUCACCAAGACUUUUAAAAAAUCCAGAGCAUAGGCUUUGUACACCUUACUCAUUCAGGCCUCUUUCUCCACUCUCUUCCCUUCUCCACCACGGGCAGAUAUUCUGCAUUUCCUUUGUGUAUUACACCUUCCACGUCUCCCAGCAUACCCAUACAAAGUUUUACAAAGGAGAAAAGUGAUGGGUAUCAUUUUUAUUGAAAAAGGUGCAAUGCAUCACUCUUCGUUUGCACUACAUAAACUAGGACUGGUCAAAAAAAUUCCCAUCAAAGCUGUUUUUUGAUGAAAAAUUGGGUUCUUCCAAUUUAAAUUUUUGUUGAAAUAUUUCAGCUACAGACCAAAAUAUUUUGGCUGAAAAUGGGAGUUGUGGCACCUCAGAGGUGUUGCAGUUUGCUCCUCAUAUCCCCUUUCUGCACUUUAUCUCCCAUAUUGCAGCAUAACCAGGAACUCCAUGAUGUACAGCUUCUCCUCACCAAGAGGGGAGAUCAUGGAGCAUGACGAAUUCACUUCAAUAAUUUGAUUUUUAUUACAAUGUUGUUGGAUAACAUUGACGUUUAUUUUAAAGCAGUUUUAAAAAUUAUUUUUAUCAAUUUAAACUUUCACAGUUGCAGGAAAUGGGGUGGGGUCACACAUUUAACAACAGUAGAUGUUGAGAUUCAAAAUGUUGAAGCUUUAGACCUGUUAAAACACAAA